AUACGAGCUGCUGAUUCCUUUUGAACAAGCGUGAGGGCUGCGGAAGAUAGAGCAGAAAUAUAUCUUAAGCGAGGGCAACGUUUCCAGCAGUUGCGAUGGCAGCAGCAAAUCCGAAUCGCGCAGCCGGCGAUGGCGCCGCGAAUCAGCAGCUGCAUUUGGUCGAGCGACUGGCCUCUGUCCCUUUGGUGGCCGGAGUGUUCGACGUAGUCUCGCAGCGUUACGCCGCAAUCAAGGCGCGGUCACCGUUGCUCUCGGCGGCUCUGUCGGCAUCUGAAAACGCGGCUGCCACCGCUGUUGGAUGCUGCGAACGUGUGCUGCGUGUGGCACUGGGUCCGCAGCUGGAGCACGCGGACGCGCUUGCCUGUCGGGGCAUCGAGAAGCUGGAGCAGCGCUGUCCGGCCGUCCUGCGCCGGCCCGAAGAAAUUGCCGCAGACGUGGUCGCCUUUGGUCGCCGGAAGGUCGUGCAAGUGCGGCGUUGCGCUCAUGAGCAGGUAGAGCGGACUCGCAGGGUCAUCGGGCAUGCAGUCCACGCGGCCACUCAUCCUGCUGCCGUCGUGGAACGUGUGCGCGAUCACGUAUCGCAGCGUCUCCACCCCGCCUUCAACGAGGUAGACGAGAUCCUCGACUUGUGGAUCUCUGCUCACGACCCAGCCCACGAUGUCGCUCGCAACAGCCUGGCCGUUUCCCACACUUUUAGCGAGUUGGUUUUCAUCACACUGCACAAAUUCCGCACCGCAGCAGCGCUACAGUUCGCUUGCGAACGCGCAGCCGUUGAGCACAUCUUGUGGGCGGCCUGUGGGCGCUUUCAGCGCUGCCUGCGCAAAACUCCUUCUCGCUCUCAGCCAGCUCAGACUCUUAUCGACCACGUCAUCGCCGCUUCGCAGCAUGCUCUACUGGCUUUCCUCCUGAUCGCCCACACUGCUUGAUGUUCUUACAUCUCUCUUCGCGCCGAUGUCGUGAAAUUUUACCGUCCCUGCACUGCAGCGCCUAAGAGCCGCUGGUUGCCGUCAGCCUCCACCGCUUCGACAUUUCAGCAGACUCAAGACCCGACCGAAGAUUCUUACCGUAGCCAGGAUUAGUUGUCCUGUAGCCAGUUUAUCCCUGUUUCGCCAACAAUAAACAUUGCACCCAGACGUUCUUAACCGAA